AAAAAAGACAUAACUCGAGGUUAUAUUUAUUAUUUCUUUUUCUUUCUUUCUUUCACUUUUUCUAUAAACAACUUGCUCUUUAUAAAAAAUGAACCCUGAAUAUGACUAUUUGUUUAAGCUUUUGCUUAUUGGUGAUUCUGGUGUAGGAAAAUCUUGUCUUUUAUUACGUUUUGCAGAUGAUACCUAUACUGAAAGUUACAUCUCCACUAUUGGUGUAGACUUUAAAAUUAGAACUAUUGAACUUGAAGGAAAGACUGUCAAGUUACAAAUUUGGGAUACAGCUGGUCAAGAACGUUUCCGCACAAUCACUUCUUCUUAUUACAGAGGUGCACAUGGUAUCAUUGUUGUUUAUGAUGUGACUGACGGAGACAGUUUUAACAAUGUCAAGCAAUGGUUGCAAGAAAUUGACCGUUAUGCUGCUGAAGGUGUCAACAAAUUAUUAGUUGGCAAUAAGAGUGAUUUGGUUGAUAAAAAGGUGGUUGAUACAAACCAAGCAAAGGAAUUUGCUGAUGGUCUUCAUAUUCCUCUUUUGGAAACUUCAGCUAAAGAUUCCACUAAUGUCGAGCAAGCUUUUUUGACAAUGGCCAAGCAAAUCAAAGACAGAAUGGGUUCAACUAUGCAACAACAACAACAACAACAACAAGCUAAAUCAACCGUCAAGGUUGGUCAAGGUGCUGCUGUCCAACCUCAACAAUCUGGUGGUUGUUGUUAGUUACUUUUUUUUUUAUAACCGAUGAUUAAACCGAUGCCGAAAAUACACAUAUAUAAUAUCUCUUUUUUCUU